AAUCUCCAAAGGUCGGUGGGAGGCGAAAAACCAUGGCUUGCCCAAGGACGCGGAGAUGAGGUCUUCAAUACUAUGCCCCCUUCCGGUUCCGGGAGAAAAUAAAAGGCCCGGGGAGUCCGGUACGGACGAGCCUCAAAGGAAGGCUAAGCGGACAAAAAGGGCCGCCCGCAAACCAAAAAGCCAAAUCGUCUUGUCCUCCGAGGAAGAGGAUGACAAAGAGGAUGACGAUGAGGAGCAGCCGGAGCUCGUCCGCCACCGAUCCAUUCGACCGGACCCUGAGCCGGUGGUCGAUCCAGUUGAGGCUCCUCCCGAGGACGCGAGGGUUGAGGAUGCUAGUGAACCCUCGGCCCCUGCGCGGGCAUCCCCGGGUACCGAUCACCCGGUUACGUCCCCCCCAUCUUCCUCGACUUGGGGGCAGCUGCCGGACGACAUCCCGAUGAUGGGAGGUAGCUUCGAGACCUUUUUUGAUGGGGUACCCUCCGCCAACACUUUCGGGCUCGAAAUCCCCCGGAAAGACCUUCAGGCCGAAUCAAGUGGGACUUCGGCCGUCAACAAGCUUGUUGAUAGGUUUCCAGCUCCGAGCCUGGACCCGGACUGUAACAGGAUAGUAACUUUUGCUAUCCCCAAAGACGUCCGGGCUCUGGGGCCCCCGGUCGGGGUUGCAAGCUAUCUUCAUCACCUGAUGACGGAGGAAGACCGGGCUGCGACCGAGGCUGUAGAUUGGACAUGCCUUUUCAACGAAGCCCAGCAGGCGCAGCUCAAGGCAUCGGUGCUAUAUCACUCGAUGUUCCUCCGAAUCAAGGACAAAAUGGAGGCGGAGCGAGAGGGGCGCCGGGUCCUUGAAGAGAAGCUGCUAGAAAGCCGGACCGGAUUGGACCUUUUGAAUAAAGAGCACGCGUCCUGUGCUAUCCGGCUGGAGGAAGCAAAGAAAGAGCUCGGUUGUAACAAUAUCCCCAGGAACUCGCACUCUCAGAGUACUCACUCUGCCUAUCUCACACUUUCGCUUAUCACACUCAAUCACUCAGACUGUACGGUACUUGCACUCACUGCUGGUAUGUCAGACUCCGGAAGGGCAGAUCCUGCCCGGGCACUAAUAUAA